GAAACCGUAACGCCUCGAUCUCCGCCGCUCUGCUCUCCCCUGGAUUCCAAACGCACCGCCGCAGCCGCCGCCGCUUCGGAGAGCCCGAGCCUUUCGCCAAGCCAAAGCACCCACCCACGUCUCGCUCUCGCCUCACAAUCUCGUCUCCUCCGGCUUCCGCCCGCGCCGGCGCUGCCUUCACGCCUCCCUCCCUCCCUCCCUCCCUCUGUCGGCGCAGUCCGAGAGCCCCCCCUCCUCUCUAGCGAUGGUGGGGCCACGGGCCUCCACCUAGGCAAGCCGGCGAGGGGCGCACGCCCGACGACGCGGCGGCGACGCGAGUUUACUCACCAGGCGAGAGAGCGAUAGGAGUGUCAGUGGCCCAAGAUGAUGUUCGACGACGACGACGACGACGAACCCCAGUUGAAUGCUGUGGAGAAUUACUAUCUUCUUGAUGCGCGGGAGGUGCCUAUCUGUUUAUCAGCACUGCCGUUCCAGUUCAAAGCAACCGAUGGGGUUCCUGAAUGCAAAAGGGAUGCGUUCUUGUGGGGAACCACUGAUCCUGGCAUCAAGGUAUACAAGAAGGUGGUCGCCUGGAGGCUAGGGCUUCAAGGGAAACAGCCGGAGAUUUCUGUUCUUUCGGCAGAAGGCAGCUGGAUUAGCCUUAGAAAACCCAAGAACAGCUAUGAAGAGGAGAUUCGGACAAUAAUGAUAACAGUGCAGAUGCUUCACUUCCUCAAAAGGAAGCCUGAGGAGACUGAAAAGAACAUGUGGAGUCAUCUUCGUAAAGUUUUCGACAAAUUUGAGGUUAGACCCUCAGAGGAUGACAUCAGAAAUCACCGUUCACUAAUCAAGCAGUUUGCUGAGAAAGAUGUGACCUUAGCUAAAUCUGAGAUUUUGCAAGGCUUUACUCAAGAAAAUUGUAGGAAAAAGAGUAGUGAGGUUGGUUUAGAUAAAGUGGAAUCGAAAGUUCCAUUCAUUGCUGAUGAUGAGGAUAUAGAGAUGGUUGAUGUGGAUAACAAUAUUGAAUCUGAUGAAGAAGAGGAGGAAGAUUUAUUUGAUUCAAUCUGUAGCAUAUGUGACGAUGGAGGAGAUCUGUUAUGUUGUGACGGUCCAUGUAUGAGGUCCUUCCAUGCAAAAAUUGGUACUGGUGAAGAUUCCUAUUGUGAUACCCUUGGGUACACUGAAGCAGAAGUUCAGGCAAUGAAAACUUUCCUGUGCAAAAACUGUGAGCAUAAGCAACACCAAUGUUUUACCUGUGGAGCAUUGGAAUCUUCAGAUGGACCAACUGCUAAGGUGUUCCUUUGUAAUAAUGCAACCUGUGGGCGCUUUUACCACCCAAAAUGUGUCGCACGGCAACUUCAUUCUAAAAACAAAAAUGAAGCCUCAGAACUGGAGAUGAAGAUAGCAGAUGGACUUUCAUUUACAUGUCCCAUCCAUUGGUGCUUUCGUUGCAAAGGUUUGGAAGACAGAACUCAGGAGGAAUUACAGUUUGCUGUUUGCAGACGUUGUCCAAAGUCGUAUCACAGAAAGUGUUUGCCAAGAGAAAUUGCCUUUGAAGAUAGUGAAAACGAGGACAUUGUUACACGUGCUUGGGAACUUUCAAAAAGAAUUUUGAUCUAUUGCUUGGACCAUGAGAUAGAUACUGACAUUGACACGCCUACCAGAGACCAUAUAAAGUUCCCUCGAGUUUCAAACAUAGGAAAACCCGCAAGCCUUCUCAAAAAGUCAAUCAAAGAGGUGGUCAAGAAAAAAAAGAGACCAUUUUGUGAGUCAGUUCCUGAUCAACUCUUGACAGAACCUGGGAAGUCGCCAGAUAUGGUUUGCGUUCAAGAAAUUGGUGAGGCCAGAACGAUUAGUUCUAGGAGUUCAUCUGAGCAAUUUGUUGUCAAGCCUGAGGAGAAAAAAACCAAGUUCUUAAAAGACAGAUCACGUCCCAAACCAUGUAUGAUUAAAGAUGCUGCUACAAGCAGUACAAAACCUGCAAAAGAUCAUGAGAAACAGUUGGUAACUAUGCCCUCGUCUACUUCCUGGAAGGUACCCCAAAGUUCAUUUCCUACAGUGGACAGUGAAACAGAGAAGAGGGUAAUUGCUUUGGUGGAAAGAGAAGCCCCUUGUUUGACACUACAAGAUGUUUCAAGAAAGUGCAUGAUCCCUUCAACUCACGCAUACUCCGGCAGACAAGUCGAUAGGAUUAUUGCGACUGGCAAGCUUGAGCGUUCUGUUCAGGCUGUAGGGUCAGCUUUAAAACUCCUGGAAAAUGGAGGCAGUGUUAACGACGCAAAAGCAGUCUGUGAACCUGAAGUUUUAAAGCAGCUUACAAGAUGGCAUAGUAAGCUCAGAGUAUAUAUAUCACCUUUCAUAUAUGGCACACGCUACAGUUCCUUUGGUCGGCAUUUUACAAAGGUGGAAAAGCUUGUUGAGAUUGUUGGUAAGCUUCAUUGCUACGUGGAACCUGGUGACACGAUAGUGGAUUUCUGCUGUGGUGCAAAUGAUUUCAGCCGAUUGAUGAAAGAAAAACUUGACCAAGUACAUAAAAACUGCCAUUUCAAGAAUUACGAUCUUAUCCAGCCGCAGAAUUGCUUCUCCUUCGAAAGGAAAGAUUGGAUGACUGUCCAGCCAAAUGAACUGCCUCAUGGAUCCAAACUAAUAAUGGGUCUUAAUCCUCCUUUUGGAGUCAAAGCGGCACUUGCGAACAAAUUUAUUGACAAAGCACUGAGCUUUAAGCCGAAGCUCAUUAUAUUAAUUGUCCCCAAGGAAACAAAAAGGUUGGAUCAAAAGAAGACACCUUAUGAUUUGAUUUGGGAGGAUAGUGACUGUCUUUCGGGAAAGGCAUUUUAUUUGCCUGGUUCUGUCGAUGUUAAUGAUAAAAUAGUUGAAGGGUGGAAUGCCUCUACACCACCUCUCUAUUUAUGGAGCCGUCCUGAUUGGACAAAGAAACACAUGAAAGUAGCUGAGGUUCAUAAGCACGUUGACAUGGAGAGGAUCGCUUCCCGUGUUGAAGAAGAUAAUCUAUCAGAUAGCCUCCCUAUGAUGAAAGAAACUGAAUCUUCUGGUAUACAUAACUCUAGAUCAGGGAACGAGGGAACCGGUAAAACUUCAUGCUAUCUCAAAGAGAUGAAUCUAUCAGAUCUCCCUGUGAGGAGACAGGCUGAAGCUGGCAACAACCGAAAUGCUGGACCUGGCAAAGAGAAAGUGACCACAGAGAGGACAUCAUGCGAUGUUAGGGAAGUUAUUUUAUCAGGUGAUCAUGUGAAGAGACAGGCUGGGUGUGGAGAAGUGAAAGCUAAAGAGUACCAUACACCCGAUAGCCUUCCUGUAAAGAAACAAGCUAAGAUUAAUUAUCAGCAGAUCUCGCAACCAGGAAAAGAUAUCAAGAACACGAAAAGAACUCCUGAUCAGGUUUACUGCAGCCUGCCUCCAGAAAAACAAGUGGAAGUUGCUUAUGAGGAAAGAAUGGUUAUUCCUAUUAAGAAGAGUACUCACCAAGAAAAACAACUGGAUGCAAACUGUGGAAACAGAAUAAAUGCUCGUGCAGGAUCAGAGAUUAUGGUUGCCAAAUUCACAGAACGUGAGAAUUCUGACAUGAGUAUUUCAUCUCCUGACUCAAGUAAUGCUCGAAAAUCCAGAAGCGGCUCCGCUUUUAUUUCCAGUGGACAUCCUGCUGAUAAGACAGCACACCGAAAUAGUUUCAUGAGCUGCCCUACAAAAGAGCAGCUUGUUUGUAAGAAGGCUACUUAUCAGGGCAGUUAUUUAGAAAGCAAUAAUGAAUGCAGUGAUGCAUUUGCAUGGAACGUUGAUCCGCCUUUUAAUACUAAUAUCGAUGAUAUCUCCAGGAAGUUCAGCACUGAUGUUGGAUGUGAAGUGAACAGGCAGCGUUUUACUUCCUCGACUGGUGACGAGUACAGUCUGCAAUCUCUAAGACAUGGUGACAGUUUCUAUUGGCCAAAGCACUCAGAAGAGUGGAACACUAAUGCUGUUGAGAGCUCUAUUGCUGAUGUACCUUUGCAGGAACACCUCACAAGGUACAGUAGACAAUUUGGUGAUAAUUACCAAGAAGCCAGUAGGGUUGAUCGAACACUGGAUGAGCAAGAACAUAUAAGAACGUAUGAUGGACAUGCUGAUGAUUAUCUAAGUCAAUACUCCCUUGGAUCUUCAGGUGGUAGAUACGGGCAGCCUUUAACUUCUUCAUACGGAAUCCCAGGUACAAGUACACAAUACAGCAUUAUGGACAAACAUGCUCCUGGAUUUUUGGCUCCAAGUGUACAAAGGGGUUCGGUUAUGGACAGGUACGCCCUGGGCCCAGGUGCACCUGGAAGCUCAGUUAUGGACAAAUACGUUCCGCCCCUUGAGGAUACAAACUACACCACACCAGGGGUUCCACAGUAUCCUUAUCGACAGCUAGGCUCUUUUGGUGGCGGUUGGCCUCGUAACUGAAUACUUAAGCUUCAUCACUUCACUGAAAUUGUGUUGCAGGAACCUGACCUGACUGACGUCUACAAGAUUAUCCCAAGAGAAUACAGGAUUUGCGGUUGAGAAUUUUAGUUGUCUGAGAUUUCAUGCUCAGUUUAACUGGUCGUUGUUUUGAAUACCAUUGACAGCUGCUGCUGCGCCUGGGUUCUCUCAGAAAUCUGAGGCCAUGACUUUUUUUUUGCGUUCCAUUCCAUGAAGUUAAGUGGAUGGCUUGUACAGGAAUAGAAAAUCUCGCCCUCCUAGAAAAUUAGUCUACUAAUGUGCACUGACCUAUAUGGUUUUGAAAUUGUGAUUAUUUAUGCUCUUAACAAUCAUGUCAGAAGGUUUGAUAGUUUGGCUUUU